AUGCAGUCAAAUCCAAGCCCGCCCACUGCAACAGAUAUCUUCCGCUACCGUUACCAACAUGGUACAAACCUCGGCUCCAUCUUCGUCCUGGAGAAAUGGCUCCAUCCAAGGAUGUUUGAGAAGGAUUCUAAGGGAUCUAGUGAGAUAGAAGCCGUCACACAAUCCUUGAAGAGCAAUGGCCUCCAGGCCACACGGCAAAAGUGGGAACACCAUUGGCAAUCUGCUCUCACUAAAUUAGACCUUAUCUGGCUCACUGAUACCGCAAAGUGUAACUCUAUCCGCUUGCCAAUAGGCCAUUUCAGCCUUGGUCCCCAGUUCUGCAAAGGAACACCGUUUGAGGGAGAAGUAGCGCAGGUGUACAUAAAAGCCUGGAGAGCAGUGAAGAAAAUCAUCAACGACUGUUACGACCACGGUAUCGGUGUCCUUAUAGACCUCCAUGCCCUACCAGGCGGUGCCAACAUAAACGCGCACAGCGGAACAAAUAGUGGUAAGGCUGAACUUUGGACGUUCGAUCGUCAUCUCAAACUUGCAACAGAAUGCAUCAAGUUUAUUGUACAGGAAAUCGUCACUUAUCGACUCUCAAACGUCAUUGGUGUCGAACUCUGCAAUGAACCGUCUCGAGCCGCAAGUUCUGCUGUGUUCAAGUGGUAUGACGAUGCCCUAGCUAUGGUCAAUACGAUAGACUCAUCGAUUCCAAUCUACAUCGGCGACUGCUGGGAUCUUCCUACUGCCAUAAAGUAUGCCAUGAAAAAGAACAAGCUCGACAAUGCCAGAAAUCCUGUCAUCGUCGAUACGCACAAAUACUAUACCUUUGCAGCCCAUGAUCACUCCCAAGCACCACAGCAAAUCAUAGAACGAGUCAAAGGUUCCCUUGGCGACAUCACAAAGAACAAACGAGACAUUGCAUCAUGCAAGACAGCACUUUCAGUAUAUGUAGGCGAAUACAGCUGCACCAUGGAUGGGAAAACAUGGAGCAAAGUCGAUAAUGCCCAUCGGCAGGCACUAACCCAACAAUUUGGUCGCGCUCAAACCGAUAAAUGGCAGAACAUGACAAGUGGAUCGGCGUUCUGGACGUUCAAGAUGAACUGGAUGGAUGGAGGAGAUUGGGGUUUUAAACAGCAGGUUAAAACUGGUGCUGUGACGCCUCCGAAGUGUCUGACUUUUUCUGUUGAUGAAAUCAAGUCCAAGUGUCAUAGAGCCAAUGAGUGUAGAGAGCAGCAUCGAACGAGGGCGCUCGUGCAGCAUUCGAAUUACUGGGAUAAAACAUCGUCGGGCACAAAGUUUGAGCACUGGCGUUAUGAGCUUGGCUGGGACCUCGGCUUCAACGAUGCCAUGGCAUUUCUUUGCAGUAAACUGGAUGGAAAACUACCAAAUAUCCGCCAGGUUGCCGGGGGUGACAAGAUCGGAGCUCUGGAGCUUUGGAUCGGUAAACGGAUGCUCGAGACUGGACAGUUAAGUAGCCCUCUUGCCUGGGAAUGGGAGCACGGAUAUCGAAAAGGUGUGAAAGACUUUGACAAGCUGAUUUAUACAUGA